AUGGCUCCUGAAAAUACUCCAGUACAUAUUAUUCAAUUGAUCAAAGAGAUCACUGGUUUUAUUCAGAAAGGGAGCCCUAUCACUUACCUUGGAUGCCCACUUUACAUAGGGAGGCAAAGAAUUAUCUACUAUUCUGAUCUGGUUGCAAAGGUGAUGAAGAAAAUCAGUGGAUGGCAAUCCAAAAUUCUUAGCGUUGGAGGAAGAGCUACUUUGAUAAAACAUGUACUUCAAUCAAUCUCGAUUCAUAAUAUGGCUGCAAUUUCACCUCCGAAAACCACCAUUCAAUAUAUGAAGAGAGUGAUUGCAGAUUUUCUCUGGGGAUGGGAUAAAGAGAAGAAAAAAAUAUCAUUGGGCAUCUUGGGAAACUCUUAG